CAUGUAGAAAAAGAUGUUUUAAUUCCACAAAUAAUGAGAGAGCGAGCCAAGGAGCUGUGUUCAGAUAAAGUCCAAGUCUCCAAUGAGUUUGUAGAGUGGCCCAAAUUUCUCUUUUGGUAGCUUGCUGCUUGCAAGGAGAAAGAAAACGUUGCAUCAGCCCAUGGACUUGUAAAGUCAUGGAAAGCCAUUUGCUAAAGGCAUGAAGAAUGGCUGGUGCACAAGAUUUCUGAAAGCAUUCACUAAGUGCUGCCAAGAAACUGGUCUUCUUAUGGUGGUAAAGUGUCGGCGAGAGAACACAGCACUGAAAGACUGUCUGGUUGGCUACUAUUCUGAUCCAUUAUUCUAUGAAGAAUGCAAAACAGAAUAUUUGAAGCAAAGAGAAGAAUACAGAGCAACAGGAAUUAAGAAAAAGAGACAGAAGUUUCCUUCCAACGUCUAGCUAAAACUUAAAAUGAACUUUUCAGAUUUUAUAUCUAAAUUUGAUUUAACUUGAUUUAAACAGACUUUAAGUCACCUGUACUCCUCUGCAUGGAAUUUAGCUGAAAUACACUAAAUGAGAUGAAUGGAUAAUAAAAUGACUUUCUGUAACUAAAGAU